UUGGACUGCGAGGUGUGGGGAGAUGUGAGUUCUUUCGCAGCAGCAGGCUUUGAGUAAAGACUUCUUUAAUUUGGCCGUAAGUGUGGCGUCUCCUUCGACCUGGCUUGCAUACAUCGUAACAGAUCGCAGAUGUUAUACUUUGUCUUCCUGCUGUGUCAUCAUGAGUGACACCCUGACGCCAGAUGUCAUUGGACGAAGAGUGGAAGUUAACGGGGAAUAUGCAACAGUGCGGUUUUUUGGCAUCGUGCCUCCAGUGGCAGGACCCUGGCUAGGAGUAGAGUGGGACAACCCUGAGCGAGGAAAGCAUGAUGGGAGCCACGAGGGGACUGUGUACUUUAAAUGCAGGCACCCAACAGGAGGGUCCUUUAUUCGUCCAAACAAAGUCAACUUUGGAAUAGACUUUCUCACUGCAGUCAAGAACCGCUAUGUGUUAGAAGAUGGGCCAGAAGACGCACGAGAGCAGACUGUUACCUUUGGAAACAAACCCGUGGAGACUGUUGGUUUUGACUCUGUUGCAAAACAGCAAAGUCAGCUGAGCCGGUUGCGAGAAAUCUCUCUGAGGAGCUGCGCGGUGAGCAGUGCCGGAGACCCCGGAGGAGUCGCACAGACGUGCCCCAAUAUUCGCAAGGUAGACUUGUCAAGAAACCUGCUGCCCUCGUGGGGUGAGGUGGUGCACAUUGCCGAGCAGCUGAAGCACCUGCAAGUCCUCAACCUGAGAAAAUGUCAUUCUAAGGUGAAAUCCCAGCUUGUCGCCGUCGUCGGCGUUGGGUCUCCUGUGCAUGGUGUGUCUGUCCACAGUGAGAAUAAGCUCCAGUUCCCCUGCACUUCAGCGUCUCCCACUGGAACGUUCUCUGCUCUGAAGGUGCUAGUCCUCAAUCACACAGGAGUCACGUGGGCAGAGGUGCUCCGGUGUGCCCCGGGGUGGCCUGUCCUGGAGGAGCUGUACCUCGAGUGCAACGGGAUCCGCAUUUCAGAGAGGCCGACUGAUGUUCUCCAGACGGUGAAGUUAUUAGACCUCUCCUCUAAUCCAUCGAUCGAGGAAAACCAGCUGUCUCUGAUAGCGUAUCUGCCCAGAUUGGAACAACUCAUCCUUUCUGACAUUGGGAUCUCUUCGAUCCACUUCCCGGACGCUGGCAUUGGGGGCAAAACGUCAAUGUUCCCGUCCUUGAGGUACCUUGUCGUCAACGACAACCAGAUCUCACAAUGGGCGUUCAUCAACGAGCUGGACAAGCUGCCCAGCCUGCACGCCUUGUCCUGCAUCCGAAACCCCCUGACUGCAGGGAGCCGGGACGCACAGACUACGCGGCAGCUCAUCAUCGCCAAGGUCGGCCAGCUGACGGCCCUGAACAAGUGUGAGAUUCUCCCAGAGGAAAGGCGUGGAGCAGAGCUAGACUACCGCAAGGCCUUCGGACUUGAAUGGAAAAAGGCCGGAGGACACCAGGACCCGGACCGGGACCGGCCUAGUGAGGCCUUCCUUGCGGCUCACCCCCGGUACCCAGCGCUGUGUCUCAAAUAUGGUGCACCUGAAGAUGGGGAACUCAAAAUACAACAGCCAUUUAUGCUCAAAAACCAGCUACUCUCACUGAAGAUAAAAUAUCCUAAUCAUCUUGAUCAGAAAGUUCUAGAGAAGCAACUGCCAGACUCCAUGACAGUUCAAAAGGUAAAGGGAUUUCUGUCACGUCUUCUCAAAGUCCCUGCGUCAGAACUUGUGUUGUCCUACGAGAGUCCCAAGGUAAGGGGCCCGGGAAAGCAGUCAGGUGCAGCCCCCAGGACGGCUGUGGGCUGUCGGGGCCAGACGGGGACCAUUGGCUGCAUGACUUCAAGGGGGGGCAGGAAGAGUGGGCUAACAUGUCCCAUCUGUCUCCCACCCGCCUCUUCUACCUUCAGAUGCCAGGCAGAGAGAUUGACCUGGAGAAUGACCUCCAAUCGCUCCAGUUUUACUCUGUGGAAAGCGGAGACUGCCUGUUGGUGCGGUGGUAGCGACGCGGACCGCCGCCAGGACUGGGGACGGGGCAACUGGGGCAGCCCAGCAGCGUUCCCGUAAGGUGGCAAGGGGAGGCGCCCCAGGCUGGCACGAACAGCGGUAAUAAAGGCUCUGAACCGCCA